GGAGCUGAGGUGGCGGCGGCUGAGGAGGUAGCGGUGGCGGCGACUCUGGAGGCCGCAGUCCGGGUCCUGGCUUCGGCCCCAGCCCCACCAUGGUGACGAUUGCUGAACUGCUGGUGCUUCUGGCCGCUCUCCUGGCCACGGCCUCGGGCUACUUCGUUAGCAUCGACGCGCAUGCCGAGGAGUGUUUCUUCGAGCGGGUCACCUCGGGCACCAAGAUGGGCCUCAUCUUCGAGGUGGCCGAGGGCGGCUUCCUGGACAUCGACGUGGAGAUCACGGGACCUGAUAAUAAAGGGAUUUACAAAGGAGACCGCGAGUCCAGUGGGAAGUACACAUUUGCUGCUCACAUGGACGGGACAUACAAGUUUUGUUUCAGUAAUAGGAUGUCUACCAUGACUCCGAAGAUAGUGAUGUUCACCAUCGACAUCGGGGAGGCGCCGAAAGGACAAGACAUGGAAACAGAAGCUCACCAGAACAAGCUGGAAGAGAUGAUCAAUGAGCUGGCAGUGGCAAUGACAGCUGUGAAGCACGAGCAGGAGUACAUGGAAGUCCGGGAGCGGAUACACAGAGCCAUCAACGACAACACAAACAGCAGAGUGGUCCUUUGGUCCUUCUUUGAAGCUCUUGUUCUAGUUGCCAUGACAUUGGGACAGAUCUACUACCUGAAGAGAUUUUUUGAAGUCCGGAGGGUUGUUUAG